CGUGAUAUAUAGCGCUUUUGCCCUCUAACGUUGAAGAUUCAACAGAGCUACGCUAGGUUUUCCUCAUUUCCAUCUAAUUGGAACAAUUUAAUUUGGGUAUAAAAAUAAAAAUAUGAGGAGCCCUCCACACGUUUGUGGGCAAGCCGCACGUACUUGUAGGCACAACAUUUCGAAAAAUGUUGCUUAAACCUCUAUAGGCUUUAAUUUAGAAGGAGUGGGACAAAGAAAAAGCCUAUACCCAAUUACUUUAAAGGUGGGUGAUGGCUGAUUUUAAGCUUAAUUUCUUUAAUGUAAGUUAUAUCUGUAAAUAAAUAUGAUUAAAAUAAAAUAAUAUUUACCACCGGAUGAACCGAACCCAUUGUAUCUUUCGAUACCUUUUUAAAAAAAAUCUGCUCGCUAUUUAGAGGUGGAACCCAAAAAUUUAUCUGUCAACCACAUGAUUUAUAGCAGCCAUUUUGUUAUUAAUUGACAACUACAGACAAAAUAAGUUAUUUGAUCCCAUUUGAUUAUUAUAAUAUUGGAUAUCAUGAGAGUAUUAUGCUACCGAAAUCAAUGAAAGAAAAUAUACAGAACGGAUCAUCUUUAAACUAUCCCCAAUUUCAUAAUGAUAUUUCAUACAUUUUGCUUGAUGCAACCAAGGCAUGGGAAGAAGGAUUUGAGUCUUAUGAAAAUAUGAUUAAAGUUUUAUUAGAUACUAUGUUAGAGAUGCAUUUAGAAAAAGAAAAAAUUUUGAAACAACUUAAAGACCAUCAAAAUCAAUUAGCAGGCAAAGAUUAUGAGAUGCUACAGUAUAAAGCGGCUGUUGCUAAGUUGGUUGAAACUGAAAAGAGUGAGCAAAGAUUGAAGUCAAAAUUGACGCUUUGUGAAGCAAGAUUGAAUAAAAUGAUUGAGAAAAAUAAAUUAAAACAAGAAAUAAAUGAUAAGCCCAUAACAAGAAAUGUACAAUGUCAGACUGAUGAAAUCACACAAUCUGUUAAAAUACUAAAUUAUUCCAAUAAUACAAAUACUGAGAUAGAUAUUGCAUUUAAUGACUGUGAUUCAUCUGAUGAUAUGAUUAGUAUUAAUGACAAGGAAGAGUGCAAUUGUGAUCUGAAUAUCCGUGAAAUAAUAAAUCGACCCAUAUUGCUAUGCCCAUUAUCUCCAAUUUCAGUUUCUUCUUUAAAUUGCUCAACUAAUACCAACUCAAAUAUGUGUGAUAAUCAUAUUCAAAACUGUGCCCCAUUUAAAAAUCCCACCAUUAUUCUUGUGCGAGACAGGGCAAUAAAAACAGAGUUUUUCACUCCUGAAAUUAAAGAGGAAUCACUGGAAACUGAGGAUGCAUCAAGUUCUAUCAUUAAUAAAUAUGUAAAACAUGGUACAGAAAGAGUUGACUUCGAUUUUAAAUUAUGCCUCAUCACUAAUAAUUCAUUUUUAUCUCGAACAAAUACCAAGGUUAUAAGUUUAAGAACCAGUGAUAAACUUAAAAUGGAUAAAAAACAAUGUCCUUCCAUAAUUGAACUAUUAAAAACGAAGAGCUGUAAGGGCUCAAAACAUAAAAAAAAGUGUAUUUGGAUAACUAAAAGGCGUCGUAAAAAAUAUUUUAAAAAAUUAAAGUAAUAAAUAAAAAGUAAUUUUUUUAUACCAUUUUUAUUUAUAAAAAAAGACCCCAAAUUAAUCAUAAUUAGUUAUUUAAAAAUUUUGGGCAGAAAAACAACACAAAAAAAUUAUAUUUAAUUUAAUAAUUUAUAUUAGUAAAUUAUUCAUUUUAUUUAUAUUAUUUUAUAAUAUACUCUAUUUUUUUUAUAUCUUAUAAUCAAAUCAUAAAUAUUUUUUUAAAAUUUAAAUCACAGUAUUUUGUAGUUUAGUAAUAUAUUCUUAUUUUUAGAUAUUUUUUUUAUUUUAUCCCACAAAAAUGGAGAUUAAAAUCUCU